GACGCCGGACUAUAAGUAGCGACAAGCGUCAUCCCUGAACGUACAGACGCUCGCGCGCGCGGACAAAUUCACACGGACAAAAAAGCUCUGUCGUCACACGUUAGUGAAAACAGCAUAUCGGACGUUUUACAUCCACUGAACAAGGUUUUGUGGAGCUCCUCUUACAAUGUUGCCUGUUGUGGUAGUCCACGGUGGUGCAGGUUUCGUUCCUAAGGAACGAGAUGAGUUAUCCAUUGCUGGGGUCCAGGAAGCAGCAAGGAGGGGUUAUGCUGUUCUGAAGUCUGGAGGCAGUUCUAUGGAUGCUGUUGUAGAAGCUGUUACCAGUCUGGAAAAUAACCCAGCAUUUAAUGCAGGGCGAGGCUCAGUAUUGAAUCUGAAGGGAGAAAUAGAAAUGGAUGCUCUGGUGAUGGAUGGGAGCACGCUGGCUUGUGGUGCCGUGUCUGCAGUCAAGAGAGUGGCUAACCCAGUUUGUCUUGCCAGGCUGGUCAUGGACAAGACUAGUCAUGUGUGUCUGACGGCCGAAGGGGCUUGCCAGUUUGCCAAGGCCAUGGAGAUCCCUGAAGUGACUGAGGAGUCUCUGAUCACAGACUAUGCCAGGAAGCGAUGGCAGGAUAACCUGUGUUCAGACUCCAACCCUGUGCUGUGCCAGAUGGGUAAGAUGGGCACAGUUGGAGCAGUAGCAGUGGAUGUGCAGGGAAACCUUGCUUGUGCUACGUCUACAGGUGGCAUGUUAAACAAGAUGGAGGGUCGUGUGGGAGACACUGCAUGCAUUGGGGCCGGAGGCUAUGCAGAUAACAAGAUUGGGGCAGUAUCUCCUACUGGUCAUGGAGAAUCCAUCUUGAAAGUCACUCUGGCCAGGCUUAUACUUUUCCACAUGGAGCAAGGAAAAAGCCCUAAAGAAGCAAGUGACCUUGCCCUGACCUACAUGCAAGAGCGAGUCAGUGGUCUGGCUGGAGCGGUGGUUGUGGACCCCAAAGGGACCUGGGCAGCUCGUUUCAACAGCCGUCAGAUGGCCUGGGCUGCUGCACAGCAAGAGCAGCUCCACUAUGGUCUGUACAAAGGCGAGAAUUUUACUGCGCCUAUAUAGUGGCCAGCACGCUCACUGAACAAGCUUGUCUCAGUGACAUAAAAAAAUAUUGCCUUACGCUAUGAUUUUAACUAGAUAAAAUUCCCAUCUGCUGACCAUCGGAAUUUAGCACCUACUAGAAGCAGUUGCUUGUUUAGACAUUCAAAUUAUAUUUUAAAGAUGAGUGGUGUCAUUUAAAUUAAAUAUUGAGAUUAAUGGGAAAACAAUAUGAUUCUAAUUUAAUCCUAAAAAUGGAACAGAGCGCUGUUAUCCACUAGAUGGAGAUAAAGCACAUUUCAAGAGAAAAUAACACAGAUCAACCAUAACAUUAAAACCACCUGUUUAAUAUUGUGUAGGUCCUCCAGCAAAACAGCUCUGACCCAUCAAGUUGCAAGGUGAGGCCUCGGGGGGUUGUUCUAUAGGCGAGACAAAAUCUUAAGAAAAGCACACAGACAACACAGUGUUUUGUGAUAAUUUAAUACUUGAAGUCUUGUUUUAAAAUAAUUAAUUUAAUACUUGAAGUCUUCUAAUUUAAUACUUGAAGUCUUGAACUUUAAUACUUGAUGUCUUUAGACAUCAUUUGAGAUUGCCAGUGUUUCAGCUCUUUGGGGCAUCUAGUGGAAUUUUAUUCCACCACUAAAGUGCGACAGAAGAUAGUCUUGCCAUAUUCCUCAAUCCAUUCCUAAAUAAUAAUUUCUGCAUUAUUCUGCAGAAACAGGCCUGUGUCAUUCGGGAAUGAGUUGGAGGCAUGAAAUGGUGUACUUGGUGCACAAUAACAUUUUGGUAAACUGUAUGUGUCAUCAGUAAGUAACCUCCAUUUGCUUGACUUUGUUGUUGGUUCACUGUUUGUCCUUCCUUUGGCCACUUUUGGUAAUAAGUAACUCAGAUCCUUAAACUUGCCCUCUUUUCCUUCUUCCAACCCACAACUUCAAGACCUGACUAUUACUGAAUGCCUAAUAUAUCUCACCCAAUUGACAGGUGACAACCAAACCAGUCAUGUUAUUCACUUCAGUGGUUUUAAUAUUAUAGUUGAUUGCUGUAUCUAAUUGAUAUGUUCACUCCCUGUUCUUAAUUUCUAUUGUAACUGUUUAACAAAUAUUGAUCUUUAUUUGACUUGUUACAUUUCUCAGAAAAUCUACAAAAUACAAUCUAUUAUUCAUAAAGCUACGACUGGUCUGUAAUGUAAAUCUGCACUGUAAUGUUUAGUCUGUAAUGUCUGUGCAAUAAAUGAUCAUUUUUCUGCAAA